AUGGCGGAUUUUGGGUAUUUUUCCGAUACAGAUGAUUCAGCAGUAGAAGAGUUGGUUUCGCAAGCGAAGGAACUUUCGGCUUUGGAGCAAGUAGCUGCUAUAAACUGUUCUGGAUUCACCGAUUCUACACUUCCCGAUGAUCUCGAAGCUCGAUUCCGUCGCCUCAAAUCUCUUCCCACUUCUCGACCCGACCCGGUUUCUUCGUCUUCUUCGAAGAUUAAGCAGCAGAAGCAUCUCUCUCACUCCAAGAGCGUCGCGAGUUACGCUAAGGAAGAUGGAAAUAGACGAAAUCCAGGUAAAAUUUCUGGUUCUGUGAAUCUUUCUGACGAAGAAUCUAGUAUCUUCUCGGGAAAUAGACGGAAUCCAGGUGUAGAGAAAAGCUCAGAUCGAAGUGGAGACUUCUCUGAUUCAGGAAAAAUCGAUUCGAGAGAGAAACCAGAGAAGAAAUCGAAAUCGAAAUCGAAAUGGAUUGAUAAGUUAUCUCCAUCGAAAAUCUUUGGAUACAUUUGGCGUUCGCCGAAGAAAUCAUCAACGAAGAAGAAGAACAUGAAAUCGUUUAAUGAUUCGGCGGGUCGGGAGAGAAACAUCGAUGAUUUCGACGAGUUUUUAUCUGAUUUAAACGCGUUUUCAGUGGAAGAUCAAAGGAAAAUGCUGAAGAAAGCACUCAAAGAACAACAGAAGAUGCGGAAAGAAGCAGCUGAGAUCAUCAAAAUGGCCAAACAAGCUUCAGCAAAAUUCGAUUUUGAUGAUUAA